AUGCCAGGAAUGGUCGAAACAACAGGCACCGAAGUUAACCUAUCGUCUAUACAACCACCACAACAAGCAGCAGACACUCUAACUGAACAACAACCGCCCAACCAGCUGCAAGUCCAAAUAGAUAUACAGCAGUCAGACGAUCCGUCGCCAUCUAACUUACAAACAAAUCCCCAGCCACAAAUGCCAUUGUCCGAUAAUCAAGCGGAAUCACAGCAGAGCGAAUUGCCGUUAGACGAGAAACCAUCAAGUUCUACAGUUCAUCCACAAGCAGACAGUUUGACGAUCACCCAGUCUGAAGAGCAACCCUUAGCGCAAGAACUCUGUUUAUCGCAACCAUCACCCCGACCACAAGAGUCCGUUGGACAGUCUGUUGUGAAUGCACAACCAGCAGAUUCAGCAGCGAACUCCUCCAAUACUAUACAAAAUGAGACUGCUAAAUCAUCGCAGGCUACUCAGCCAAUUGCAGUGACUGGCCAAGGAAAUGCGUCCUCGCAAUCAACAGAUCAAGUACCACAGAAGAGGCCGAUUUCCUCUAAAAAGUCUAAUCAGCCUAUUUAUAUGCUAUUAGUGGAGUGCAGCAAGGAGUAUAUCACUGGAUAUCUUACGAAAAAAUCAGAGGAAGAUACAACUGUAUUAUUUAGCGAUCGAAAGAAAUUACAUGCUGAUUUUAAGCUCUAUUGCAACGAGAUUAUAUUAAAAUCUGCGAGAGAUCGAAUUAUAAACGAAUUAGACGACACAAUGAAGGCAAAGUUGGAAGAUUCGGCUACAAUUCACAAAUGUAUUGCAGAUGCAAUGGAUGAAGUGAAGGCUAAAUAUCCAGAGGCGUCCGAUAAUAAUUUGUCUGCAUUAAUAAGCAAUGGAAUAAUAUCGCCAGAAAUGGCAAUGAUCUUUCGCAUAUGGAUACAGUUUAAUAAAAAAGAACCAGCGAUUCCACCAGUCCAUGGAGGCCAUUCAGAGCAACCACGCCCAAGAGGUAGAGGUCAUAUGCGUGGUGGGUACUGGCCACCCAGAGGUGGACCCCCAAGGCACUCACCGUAUCCGCAAGGCCCUCCACGCAGAAGAGAAUGGCCAAUCCGUGAUGAGAGGGAUUUUAGAGAUCGACGAGUUGACGGCGAUCAUUUUAGAGAUCGUCGAGACGAAUACGCAAGAAGAGAGUUUGAUCGAAGGCCCGACUUUCGUGGUGGUCCUCUACCACCGCCUCCUCCUCCAUUACCUUUUGGCAGGGAGCGACCACCAAUGGUAUGGAGAGACGACAUGUAUCAUCGUUACGAUGAUAGACGCAGAGAUGUAUAUGACCGUAGGCCAGACGAGAGACAUGGAAGGGAUCCACGGGGACCACCAAUGCCGCCGAUGCCUGUGCCGAUGCCUGUGGGGCCACCGAUUAAAGCUACCCCUGCUAUAUACGAGUCGCCUCCAAUGCCUCCUGCCUCGCAGCUACAGCAGACACAACAAACAGCAUAUGACUAUCAGCAAUAUCCUUCUGAUCAGCAACAAUAUGCCGCAGAUACUUCAGGCUAUCAACAAGAUUAUAGUUCACAGACAUAUCCGGGUUAUUAUCCACAGUACCCACUGGAUGGACAGCUAAAUGGGCAAGCAACAUCUAAUUAUCAGUACCCAAAUGCAAAUAAUAGUGGCUGGGACGCGCAGGGUAAUCCGGUACAACCAAUUCCAAUUCAACUAACUUCGUUCUCAUGGAACCAACCCGGUCGACAUGGUGCAAUACCAUUGCCCACGGAUUUCAUGUCGGGACCGAGUAACGCUCCACGAUUGUCAAUGCCGGAACCACAUGAUGUCCUCGGAGUAAUCAAGGGUGUCAUUAUCAGAGACGCGCAAGGUAACAUUGGACUAAGUCAAUACACAUUUACAACAAUGUGA